AUGCGCCAACCGACUGCUUCGAAAAUCUAUCCCCAUUCGGAUCAGCUUUUCUGGAAAAGGAAAGUAAAAUAUCAUCAUGCCUGGGACAUUCUCAAGGUAAUAUAUCAGCCUCAAUCUCCCAGUGAACCUGACUUCUCUACCCCCAACGACCCGAUCAUGUCUAGUGAUAAGAAAAUCAUUACUGUCAUCGGAAGCACUGGAUUGCAAGGGGGAAGCGUGGUUCGUUCUCUCCUCGCGGACGGAACCUUCGCUGUUCGAGCCCUUACCCGCAACGUAAACGGAGACGCAGCUACGAAGCUCAAAGCGGCCGGAGCUGAGGUCGUCUCUGCCGAUCUCGAGGACGUCGAGUCGCUCAAAAAGGCUUUCAGGGGCGCAUAUGGUGUUUUUGGUGUUACUGACUGUGAGCAACUGCUUGAACAAUUUUUUGCUCUGUAUUUUGGUGUCGAGAAGCUUGAUCAGGCCAAAUCCCGCGAUCAUGAGACCCAACAUGGGAAGAAUAUCGUUGACGCCGCCGAGGCGGAAGGAAUCAAGCAUCUGGUUUGGAGCACGCUGGACGACACUUCGAGCUCCGGUGUACACGUAUAUCACUUCAUCGGCAAAGCCAAUGUGGACAAAUAUAUCCAGACGAAAAAGGUUCCCACCACAACGCUGUUUACGUCUGUCUACUUCAAUAACCUGGUCAACUUUGGGUGGUUGAAGAAGGAAGGAGACACCAUCAAAGUUGAUGUCCCACUUCCUUACGACGUACCAGUCCCUUGGUAUGAGGCGACCGCGACUGGGGAAUGGGUCAAGAAUAUCCUUAAAAACCCAGAUGAAUGGAUCGGCAAGAGGGCUGAAGCUUAUGGAAGUUUGAACACAGCAGAGGAAAUUGCAGAGGUUCUAAAGAGGAAGACGGCGAAAAAUGUCGUUCUGAACAAAGUCACGCACGAGCAGUUCCAUAGCAAAGAGUUCCACGAUGCAAUUGGCGAUGAGAUCUGGUUGAACAACAAGUACAUUGUCGAAGGAGGAUUGGUCCGAGAUGCGGAACUCUCGAAUCGAAUUAACCCGAAUGCUUCUAACUUUGAGCAAUUUGUCGAGAGGGAUGAAGCUAUCAAGGCCCUGCUUUCUUCGUGAGCUCACAUAUGGCGGGAGUUGUUUUCCGGAAUCGAAGUCCAGGUGGCUGCACGCCUCGGAAUGACUGAACUGUAAUCACAAACAUUGGGCCAAUGAGGCUAUAUCGCGUGCACUUUAAUGACUUGGCUCAGUGCACCGACCUACGGACAUCCUUUCAGCCGCUGCCCUUGAAAGUCUUGAGAAUGGAAACGGUUGUUAAGAUCAACU